AUGGGGCAGUGCUAUGCGAGGAACGUGGCGGUGGAUGGGGAUGGGGGAGGGGGAGGGGGAGGGGGAGGGGGACGAGGGGUGGGGACGACGACGACGACGACGACCAUAUCGGUGAGCGCGGCGGGGGAGGAGGUGGGGGGAGGAGGAGGAGGGAGGCGGAGCGGGAGGCCGUCGCCGGCGGGGACGCCGAGGAGGAGGGCGGGGGCCGGGGCGGGGGCGACGCCGGGGAGGGCGUCGGUGGCGGCGGUGGGGAGCCCGUGGGCGGGGAGCCCGCUGCCCGAGGGCAUCGCGCCGUCGCCGGCGCCGUCCGCGACGACGCCGAGGCGGUUCUUCCGGCGGCCGUUCCCGCCGCCGUCGCCGGCGAAGCACAUCAAGGCGUCCCUGGCGCGCCGCCUCGGGCAGCGCUCGCCGGCGUCGGCGCAGGCGCAGGCCGCGAAGCCUCCCGCCGAGGUCCCGAUCCCGGAGCACGGGGGCGGCGGCGGCGGCGGCGGCGCGGAGGUGGAACGCGAGCUCGACAAGAGCUUCGGCUAUGACCGCCACUUCGCGGUCAAGUACGAGCUGGGAAAGGAGGUGGGACGCGGCCACUUCGGCCACACCUGCCUCGCGCGUGCCCGCAAGGGCGACAUGAGAGGCCACCUCCUCGCUGUCAAGGUCAUCUCCAAAGCCAAGAUGACAACAGCAAUAUCAAUUGAGGAUGUGCGCAGGGAAGUGAAAAUUCUGAAGGCUUUAUCUGGGCAUUCGAAUCUUGUGAAAUUUUAUGAUGCAUGUGAGGAUGCCCUUAAUGUCUACAUAAUCAUGGAGUUAUGUGAAGGUGGGGAGCUAUUGGACAGAAUUUUGUCCAGAGGUGGGAGAUACACUGAGGAAGAUGCUAAAGUUAUAGUUGAACAGAUAUUAAAUGUUGUUGCUUUCUGCCAUCUUCAAGGUGUCGUUCACCGUGAUUUGAAGCCAGAGAAUUUCCUAUUCAGCACUAAAGAUGAACAUUCACCUAUGAAGAUCAUCGACUUUGGACUUUCUGAUUUUAUAAGGCCAGAUGAAAGGUUAAAUGAUAUUGUUGGUAGUGCAUACUAUGUUGCCCCGGAAGUCCUACAUCGGUCAUAUAGCACAGAAGCAGACAUGUGGAGUAUUGGUGUUAUCACUUAUAUCUUGCUCUGCGGUAGCAGACCAUUCUGGGCACGGACUGAAUCAGGCAUUUUCCGCUCAGUGCUGAGAGCUGAUCCUAAUUUUGAUGACACACCGUGGUCUGCAAUAUCUCCUGAAGCCAAAGACUUUGUCAAAAGACUUCUUAACAAGGACUACAGAAAGAGAAUGACUGCUGCCCAGGCACUCUCUCAUCCCUGGUUGCGAGAUGAAAGCCGACCGAUCCCUCUGGAUAUGCUAGUGUUUAAGUUGAUUAAAGCAUAUCUUCGCUCUACACCUUUCAAGCGAGCGGCAUUAAAGGCUUUGUCCAGAGCAAUAACAGAAGACGAGCUUAUCUACAUUAGAGCACAGUACAACUUGCUAGAACCAAGUAGUACUGAUGGUCGGAUAUGCAUUGAAAACUUCAGGAUGGCUCUUUUGCAAAACUCUACGGAUGCUAUGAAGGAAUCCAGAGCCCUUGAUAUCUUGAAUGCGUUGGAGCCACUUGCCUAUAGAAGAAUGGACUUUGAGGAGUUCCGGGCGGCGACAAUCAGUCCUUACCAACUUGAGGCUUUAUCACGGUGGGAGGAAAUAGCUGGCACUGCAUUUGAGUACUUUGAGCAGGAAGGCAACCGUCCCAUCACAAUUGAGGAGCUGGCGCAGGAGAUGAACCUUUCUUCCGCAGCAUAUUCUAUCGUCCGCGACUGGAUUAGACCGUCUGAUGGCAAGCUUAGCUUUCUAGGUUAUACCAAAUUUUUGCAUGGAUUGACGAUGCGAAGUAGCAACGCGAGGCGGCAUCAUUAAAUUUUUUUUGCCUUGUUUGCUUGAAUAGCUUCCAUUGCUUUCAUUCAUGGGAGUCAGAGGAUUGCUGCCGUUUUGCCUCUCUUUUUCGUGGCUUAGCUUGUAGAGAAUGCAUGUAGAGAAAAAAGGAAACCAAAAGUGAAAGUUCACAAUGGAGUUUUAGAAGAAAGGAUGUGUUUUACCUUUA